ACUUACAUGCGAGUAAGUAGCCGCUAAUAUCUAGAGCGAAGAGACUAUUAUAAAAUCAAUUUUAUAGUUGCAAGCAAAGAAAAAUUGUAAUUUAACCAUUUUUAUUAUAAUCACGAAGCCACAAUUUUGAACUUGAUAGGACAUCAUACCCAAAUUGCCACUUCGUAAUUGUAAUAAAAAUAGUUAAAUUACAUUGUUUAUUUGUUUCCAACUACGAAAUUGAUUCGAAUAUAGUCUUUACGCUCUAGAUAUCAGUGACAGUCUAUUUGCAUGUCGGUUUUACUUUUUGAAAAAAAAUGUGUGGUGGGUAGAGAGAAAGGGAGAGAUUUCAUUACUUGUACCAGGAUCAUAUAAAAUAUAUUCCAUAGACAGGAAUGCUUAGAAUUGAACACCUGGUCAAUUGCCGAUGGUCGUCUCUGACAAACUUUUAAAUUACAUCAGAAAUUAUAAAUUAGUAGAUGUUUUAUGCAAACAGCUAAUCGAGUCGGCGUUUUAAGAGGCGAAUUCGUAGGUUGAACGUAUACCUACAUUACCGGCAUCGGGCUAACCGAUAUUUUAUUGCACGUAUUGAUAUUUUCAGUAUUUAGACGAUACUGAUACUUUAAGUAAUUCAGACCAUUUUUACGAUACAAAGUAUGUAAUUAAUUUGCAGUUCAUGUAAACUGUGUUACUCCAACUUAUUAUAUGUAGUAUUGUGCGUAGAAUACGUAUAAUACUCCACCUAAGAGAAAAUCAGCGAUGAAAAGUUAUCCGAGAAAAUGACAAUGAAAAAAUUUGAUUUUCCAAAUAGCUUUCUGGAAAUUGCAUCAAUGGAAAUAAAACUUUUGAAUAAAAAAUGGUAAUCUAGACUUUUGAUUUUACUAUUGGAUACAUAAGUAUAUCACGCGUGAAGACUAUAAAAGCGAUGAAACGCUUUCGGAUGAGCCCCAAUUAGCCAAGUUAUUGUAUAUGUAGUGUCGGGUGCGGCCAAGCUUCAUGGCUAUUUCAUGCCUACUCGCAUGCGUGCCGCGACCGCGACACUCGAUCAUUCAGAAGUAAUUCAAAUGAUGCUACUUUUAUUUGCUACACUCGUGUGAGCGUGCGCAGUGGUUUGUGCGCAGCCGCAAUCGCAAGCGCUGGCUUUCUCCGUAGUCCACAUUUUUUCGUGUCGUUCCUCUUCGCUUUCACGGAAAACCGAUUCUAACGUGUAAUGAGCCUUAUUUUGGUUCUGCAGCGUGCUUCAUUCGGGAACUAGCGAUGUAAGCAUCGAAGACGUAUCUGUCGGACAGUGUUAUUCGUUGGAAAUUUCAGUGCUGCCGAAUACGUGGAAAAUAACGCAUUGACGUCCUGCUCUUGAUCUUCAUUGAAUACUUGUGGAUGAGAUAAUUGCUCUCUGCAAAGACCCUGGCUAAGGAGACUGAUGUUUCUAUACUUGACAUUGUUAUGCACUCAAAACUAAUUAUUUUCGUGGCACAGUAAAUUACCAAUCUAUUUCGAGUUUCGUAUUUUGCAGGUCGUCUCUUGGACGUAUCAACUAUAACAUUGAACAUUGAAUGAUAUCAUAUAAGACGCGAAUAGUCAGCGUCAUCGUUCAGUCCGAACCACAGCCGUGGCUACUCUUUAUCCAUCGUUAUUCCGGAGUGAUGUGAUGAAAAUUCGAAUCAAACUCGAUCCGAAAACCACUUUGGUCGUUAAGCGCGACCAAACCGUUAGCACGCAAUAGCGCGAAAAUCUGCCGUACGCGUAGCCAAGUAUCGUUCCGAAUGCGUAUAUACUCCGAGGUCGCAUGUCAAUUUGUCGAGAUUAUCGGUGAUUCAAGAAAAGUGGCAAUUAUCGGCGCGGCCGCGUCGCCGCGACCAAGCAGGAUAAUUGCGUCUGAUUAUCGUGUAAGGGCGCGCGCAGACAAUCGCACGAUUGUUUCUAGAUCGUCGAAGAGGAGCAGCGCCAGUCCGUAGCGGCGAUUCGCCUGUCCUCGGAGCGACUGCGGCGAGCGAUUGCGGGGCGAUCUUAGCAGCCAAACGGAGAGCCGAUCGAGAGCCCUCGCAGCCGCGCUGCCACGCUUUACGCAGAACGGAGCGCGCGGACAUUUCGACGUCGGCGGCGAUUCGUUGUGCGGCUACUUUUUAUUGAUCCGCGGAGGGAAGACCAAAUCCAAAGUCAACGUGCAAAGCGAUUCGGACGACGGAAUCGGGUCGCUAAAAGUGCGGUGCGCGCAGGUUGGGGAACAAAAGGCCGCGCGCGACUUCUGCGAGCCAAAGCUCUCUAAUCGCGCCGGCGCACGUGCGCCAAUUGUCCGUAAUACGAGUGGAGCCCCCGCCCCCCUCCCGCCACGCGAAUCGCCUCGAACGAAAGAUCGCAGCGAUGGCUCGCCGGCAGGUUUUCCGUUGCAGGACACCCGCGAGCACGCGGACGUGGAUCGGCAAGGUCGCGCUUCUCUCUUGCCUUUGUCCGUUUGCUCUCCCAGCCGGCGAAGGGAACGCGCGACGUCGAGCCGGUCUCGCUGGUCUCCCGCCGAGGCUCGACGUCGUCUAAAGCAGAUGCGCGCGCGCGUCAUCGGCGGCCGAGAAGAUGCGGCGCAGUCACUUGGCUCGGCUCGCAACGAUCUCGGCGAUCUCGUCACGAGCGGCUUUGAAAAUUCUGCUGCAAUCGGGCCGCGCAGAAGCGUUGAAUAGCGUUGGCGGUGCUGGCAGCGCGGCGCUGUCUGCAGACGCGACGAGCGGUCGCCAGUGACAGCUGAUCCUUGGCCGGCGAGCGCCGCGACGACGCGCGCGGCUUUCGGGAGGCGAGCCGCGGGAACGCCACGAGUGCAGCUUCUCCCAGCUCGGCGGCAAGGACGGACGUGCGAGGAGCGGAGCUGCGCAGCAAGCGGAAUCAUGGUCAAGACUUUUCAGGCUUACCUGCCAUCCUGCCACCGCACCUACUCGUGCAUUCACUGCCGCGCUCACCUCGCCAGUCACGACGAGCUUAUCUCCAAGUCCUUUCAAGGAAGCCAAGGUCGUGCCUACUUGUUCAACUCCGUGGUGAACGUGGGCUGCGGUCCCGCGGAGGAGCGUGUCCUGCUGACGGGACUCCACGCCGUCGCCGACAUCUACUGCGAGUGCUGCAAGACCACCCUUGGCUGGAAAUACGAGCACGCGUUCGAGUCGAGUCAAAAGUACAAAGAGGGCAAGUUCAUAAUCGAGCUGGCCCACAUGAUCAAGGAGAACGGAUGGGAGUAGCAGUUUGCAUCGGCUCACAGCUCAGACUGGUCGUCGUCGAACCACCAACGAAAGUCUGUGAUUUUAUUUGUGAUUAAAAUAAUCUUAGCUGCGGAAGCGCUUUUUGUGUUUUUUUUCGGACCAUUUCGACGAGAGAGAGAGAGAGAGAGAGAGAGAGAGAGAGAGAGAGAGAGAGAUAAAGAAAGAGAGAGUAAGAGACAUAGAGCAAGGCACUCGCAUCCAAAAACUCCCUUCGUUUGUUUCGCCAACGAUGAUGACGUCGCCUCAGCAGCGUAACGACGCGAGCGCAAGGAUGCGCCGUCGUAGCCGAAGAAAGCGACGCCGAAGAAAGAUCGUACAAGAAUUUCUUAUGGAGAUGCGUGCGCGAAUACGAGAGAAAAAGAGAGAGAGAGAGAGAUCUUUUUUUCUUUCUUACUAGAUUAAGCAUGACUGAAUUGUGAUAUAUAUAUAUAUAUAUGAGGUUCGGACUGCUAGCGUGUGAAUAAUUACGAUUAUUUUUUAAGGGUUGUCCAAGUGAUCUUUCUUCUUCAGCGUUUAAUAAAUAUUAUCAGCUGUUGCCGUUUGACUUCAUUGUAUGUAUCAGCGAUCGCAGCGCAAAAUUUAACGUCGUUUGCGCAAGCUUCUGAAUAUUUAACAAGUUUUAAGUUCAAUUUGCUGUAUUUGUCAAAAGUGUCAUCUUUUUUAUCACGUGAAUAAAUUUGCUGUGUUUUACUAUUAAGUAUAGAGUGUAAACGAUUUUUCAGUCAUAAUUCUAAAAACAAGCAAAUAUUAUCCGAAAAAAAUUCGAUGAAAGUCAUACAUAAAAACAAAUUGUGACUUCUUGCAGCGGAUACCGUAAAAAAAUUGCAAUCAUAUUUUUGAAAAUUAACGCACGUAGUAUUAGCGAAUUGUGCAUAUUAAAAAGACAAAAAAAAAAGAACAAAAAAGCAGUUGUAUAAAAAAAAAAGAAGUUUCGCUGUAUAAGUAAAAUAAAGACUACGAGAGUUCUUUGAAGAUCGCGAUCCGAUUUCCCAAUUGAGGGAGACGCCGCGAAAGGGAGCAGAGCGCAUGCGUGCAUCGGUUCACAUUUAUGAUUCCGAUAUAGGACUGCCUGCUCGCCUGAGCUGCGUGUCUAUAGAUGGAAUUUCACUGCCGAUAUUCCUAAUUAAUUAAUUCAAUGAGAAAGAGCGAAAGUGAGAAUUUAAAGACGAUGAAAGGCUGAUUAUAACGCACGAACGUCGAGGAAUGUGCUUUUGGGCUCGAAACGAUGAUGAAAAAACAAAAACAAAAUAGUUUUAACGUAGCUCAAAUAGAUAAAAAAUAAAAACGACAUAGCGUAAUAAAAAAGCCUAUAUUACAAUUACUAUAUAGGACUUGGAUAUAGACAAAUAAGAAUUAUUAAUAACUUAAGAAAAUUGAAAUCGACGAGUCGGAGAAAUUAAAAGAUAACGGUUAGGACCGACAGAGAGAAAAAAAUAAUACGUUAGGUUUCGAAAAAUUCACUUUGAAAAGUGUGUGUGAAUGCACCGAACUGUUUUACGUUCACCAAGCCUGCCAAACUGUCUGUUUGUCUGCCAGUUGCCACUACUUUACUAAUACAUAAUAUAUAUACAGAGAUGUCAUAAUCAUCAGCAUUAUCGUGACGCAGACAUACGUGCAAAACGCUUCAACAAACAGAACGAAUUCACGAUAUCUCAUUUGGAGUUCAUGCAUGGUUAUUGACCGAAGAGAAAAAAGAUAUUCACACGAGCAUGAGACGCGAUCGUGAAAAAUCGGCUCAUUUCCACCGUCUAUAGCGUCUAUCCUUUAUAAUAAUUAUACGAAUAAAUUUAUAAACAUUACGCUGUAGAUAUUUUAACUCAUGUGCUAAUCAAAUUUUAUUUAAUCUUAAGAAGAAAAUUUAUGUCAGUGUGUUGUUACAUAGCGACCUUGCGACGGUGAACUUGAGGUGAUGAAUAGUAAAAACAUAAAUGAACACGAAAAAAAUUAAAACGCGAAAACGUCGAUCUCGUUUGUAAAUAAAUUACAAUGCAUUAGGAUUCUGCGUAUCGAGUCUAUAGUUAUUGCAAGUAAUAGCAGCUGGGUAUCUUCGUUCUGUUUUAAACUGUCAUACACUGCUCACUCUGACAAAAUAGAACAUGUUUUCUCACGCUGUAAAAUAUAGCAACAAAGAAAGAAAAGAAAUUAAUUACGCAUAUUAAAGUUGAAAUUUACAAAAUGAAACAAAUACAACAGGCUUUUAAUUUUCGCUAUCUGGCAUGUGUAGAUUAUGUGAUAUGAGAGUACCUACGAAAAAAAAGUAAAAUUAGCUUGCUGGAUCGAGUUUGCCGAUAGUCGAAAACUAAAAGACUACAAUACUAAAAAAGAACUCAAUGCUUAUUAGUCAGUUGAUUAUACCUAUACUUUUUUAUAUUCGUCGUAAAUGUUAAGUUGUUCUUUUUUUAAGAAAAACAUUGAAACAUAGCUUUCAAUAUUAAUUUUAGAUACAAUUGGACAAUAUGGGGAGAGCAUUGAUUUUUGUAAUAGAUUAUGUAAACCAGUAUCUUGAUUUAUGUUAUUUAUGAUACGCUCAACAUUAAAGAAAGAAACAAAGCAAAAGUGCUGUGUGCAAUUUCGCGUAUGAGUGUGAUAAUGAGACGAAUGAAUUAUUCGGCGUGCAUGCUUGGCCUAAUCCUCAUAUUGUGUCUCAAAGAGUACUUUUUAUAUUAACGUGCCGAUGUCCUUAUUCUCGUGUCACUCCUUUCUAAGUCUAUUCCUUAUAAUUUUUUUCUUUUCAAAUAUCCCUAUCCUAUCUAUUUCCUCUAUCCUUUCAUUCCAUCAAGAGUCACGGAUUAUGUUUUAUCCCUUGAUUCUCAGUCGCAAUCUACAUUUCUAUUUACGACACGACUUUGCUUUGUAAAAUAUGUUCGUAAUAAAAAAUUU